GAGAAAGAGAGGGAGAAGGCGGGAAAGAGAAGGAAGGAGUGACAGAGAGGGGGCAAUAGAGCAGGAAAGCGAAGCGGCUCGGCGCCAGAGAGAAGGCGAGACGGGCGAAGGAGGAGAAAAAAGGAGGGAGAGGUAGAGAGGCACGCCGCGUGGACACCGUGCACGCUCGUGUCUCUCUCUCGUUUCGUUUUGCUGCUUUCGUUCGCGCGAGAGCGUGGUGGAUGAACUACGCUCGUUAGUGCCGGUUGACGGUACGUCCUCGUGGUCGCGCGUGAGUCGCCGUUAAAAUUCGUAAUCCCUCGGAAGAAGAGAGGUGACCUCGCGCGCGCUUUCCUCGAGGAUCACACGUGUUUGUUGGUGGUGUCGGCGUGGGAAGUGGCCGGCGCGCGGCAACGGCAACGGCAGCGGGAGCGGCGUCAACGGCAACGACGGCGGCAGCCCGAGGUGACGCGGUUGAUCCUCGUCGUUGUCCUCCUUCGUGGACGUCGUUCCUCGUCGUGACUCGGAUAACAAGACACCGCCGCGAUCAUGCACAAGCUACUGGGAGGGCUGACCAAGUACCUGAAACGGCAGGAGAUCGUCACGGACUCUAUGGUGUUUCGUAUGCACAACCACUUCACUACGGUGUUGCUGUUCACAUGUUCGAUGCUGAUCACGGCCACCCAGUACGUCGGUAAUCCGAUCUCCUGCAUCGUCCAGGGCCUACCCACGCACGUCAUCAACACUUACUGCUGGAUAACGUCCACGUUCACCAUGCCGGACGCGUUCAAUCGACAGAUCGGCCUGGAGAUUGCCCAUCCAGGAGUGGCCAACGACUUCGGGGAUGUCGACGCGAGGAAAUACUACACGUACUAUCAGUGGGUCUGUUUUGUGCUGUUCUUCCAGGCGGUUUUGUGUUACAUACCGCAAUGGCUAUGGAGCUUCUGGGAAGGCGGCCUGAUGCAGGCACUGGUCAUGGGAAUGAAUUGUGGCAUGGACAGUAAGGAAAAUAUAGCGAAGAAGAAAAAUACCCUUAUGGAAUACUUGAUACUGCACAUAAGGAGUCACAACACGUACGUGUAUCGGUACUUCGCCUGCGAGAUUCUGUGUCUUAUCAACAUAGUCGGCCAACUUUAUUUGAUGAAUCGAUUCUUCGAUGGUGAAUUUCUCAGUUAUGGUCUACGAGUACUGCAAUUCUCAGACACGCCACAGGAAGAACGAAUCGACCCCAUGGUCUAUGUGUUUCCUCGUGUUACCAAAUGUAUAUUCCACAAAUACGGAGCUUCGGGCACGAUACAACAGCACGAUUCUCUUUGUAUUCUGCCGCUGAACAUCGUCAAUGAGAAAACAUACAUCUUCAUUUGGUUCUGGUUUUUCAUACUGGCCAUCAUGUUAGUCUUUCUGUUGAUCUAUCGAGUGGUGAUUAUUUCCGCGCCGAUGAUACGAGCAAGACUGUUGCACCUCUCGACGAGAAUGUUACCUAUCGAGAUUUGCCAGAGUGUCAGCAAAAAGGUUGACCUUGGCGACUGGUGGAUACUUUAUAUCCUCUCGAGUAAUAUGGACUCGCUUCUCUACAAGGAUUUUCUUAUGGAGUUCACGAAGAAAAGGGUAAUACCGUCGAAGUCCGUGUCCGAUUUUUCGAAUCAAAAGACUUUAAAAGACAUGAAAAAAGGGCCGACUCGAAAGUCCUAUGUAAAGCCACAUGUGGUGUUAGUCACAUAA